AUGCCUCGUCAGUUGUCUGAAGUUGAAAAGGCUCAAAUUGUAUCAAGAAUCGAAGAAGGAUGGUCAAUCCGUGCUGUAGCGCAGUUGUAUAAUAGAAAUAAAAAAACCAUAUUGAAAAUUAAGCAACGCUGGGAACAGGAAGAUUCCCUAAAGAGGAAAAUUGGUUCAGGUCGUCCCAAACUUACCAACCCUGAACAGGAUGCUGCUUUUUUGGGAUAUUUAAGAAAUAAUCCAUUUGCAACUGUAAGGGAUGCUGUUAUUGAUACAGCAUUUCCUGCCUCCAACCUACCGCCAGCAGGAGAGUAA